AUGUCUUCGACCGUUUCAAGCAGCUCGCCUGAUGAUGGCGUUCAUACCAAACCGGGCCGCAAACCCAUCAGCACUGAGCCUUCCAACAAGAGAACCGCACAAAACAGGGCAGCUCAGCGAGCUUUCAGAGAGAGAAAAGAGAAGAAGAUGAAAGAACUGGAAAUGAAGGUGCAGUUACUUGAAAACGAGAAACUGCAAAUUACCAACGAGACAGAACUGCUGAGAAUCCAAGUGGACACGCUAAUGAACGAAUUGACGCGGCAGAGCGGUGGAGAGCUUCCCGUGAAGCUACCUACGAUGGCAGAUGUUAGACAGAAGAACCCAGGGUCUGUUUCUGCAAUCACAUCGACUGACUCUGAAAAAUCCAUAUCCAAUUCCUCUUCUCCGAAUAAUUCUACACAUACUCCAACAUCCUCGUGCUCUUCUGCCGUGGAUAGAGGAUCCGAGUCGCAGGUGCCAUGGCCCGAUAAGGAGAGAUGGUAUAGACAGAGCGAACAACCGUACGAUAUUGCGAAGAACGACCUGAAUAAGCUCAACCAGAGCAGCUACAAGGACGAAUUCACCGAAGAGGUCGGCUUUUGUGACAGUUUAGGAACUGUCUGCGGCAACAAGGAGGAUCCUGUUCCAAAGUCCAAGCGUCCAGGAAGCGUUUCCGGCAAAGCCACAUCUACUUUUGGAUCCUCGUUGAAUCUUGGAUCGGAAAUAUCGUCAUCUUCUCCAUUCCAAAUGCUUGCCGAUUAUGGCACCACCAAGUCGGAUUCUAACGAUCUGCCAUUCCUAUUCGAUACGCCCACGUACGAUGCUUCUCUUGUGUUUGAUCAGUCUAAUCCAUCGGCAUUUUCACCAUCAGAUUUGAUAUUUUCGACAAACGAGGUGGAUCUUGCUGCUGGACAGGAAACCAAUCCACUAGACGGACUCAUCACCGAAGAAUCAAAGGACGAUCCUUUUGGAGAUUUCUUUAAUUCCUCUCAACAACUAACGCAAAACAACUUGAAUUCUUUGAACGGCAAGUCUUUCAAGCUUUGGGACGAAAAAGACGAUAAAAAGGAUGAUAAAAAUGAUAACGAUGCCUCUGAAACUGUGCCCGAUACUUCAAAAAACUUGAUGAAGUGUUCCCAGAUAUGGGAACGGAUCACCACCCACCCUAAGUUUAGCGAGCUUGACAUUGAUGGACUUUGUUCCGAGCUCAAGAUGAAGGCUAAAUGUAGCGAGGUCGGUGUUGUUGUGGAUGGAAAAGAUGUUGGAGACGUUCUCACUCGCGCGUUCAACAAAGAGAGUCUUACAGAAUUGUUGAACAAGCAGUAG